GGCGGCCGCCGCUGUGCCCGCCCCGUCCCAGCGCCAUGGCCGCCGCCACGAGCCGCCGCUGGGCCGCGCUGGGCGCCCUGCCCCUGGGGGCCGUUGGCGGCCGGGUCGCGGCGAGAUGGCGGCGCCCUGGCGCUGCCGGGAGGCUGCGGGCCGCGAAUGGCUCCUGCCCGCGGCCUGGCGGCGCAGCCCGGGCCCGGCCGGGCCGUGGCGGUGGAGGUGGGGGGCAGGAAGAUGGAGCUGUCUUCUGGAAAGCUCGCUAGGUUUGCUGAUGGGUCUGCUGUUGUUCAGCUAGGUGACACAGCAGUAAUGGUCACAGCAGUCAGUAAAACCAAGCCUUCUACAUCUCAGUUCAUGCCACUAGUGGUUGACUAUCGUCAGAAAGCUGCGGCAGCAGGAAGAAUUCCUACAAACUAUUUAAGAAGAGAACUUGGUACUACUGACAAAGAAAUUCUUACAAGCAGAGUAAUAGAUAGGUCAAUCAGACCCCUCUUUCCAGUAGGCUACUUCUAUGAUACACAGAUCCUUUGUAAUCUUUUAGCAGUAGACGGUGUCAAUGAUCCUGACAUUCUGGCAAUUAAUGGAGCUUCUGCAGCUCUUGCCUUAUCUGAUAUUCCAUGGAAUGGUCCUAUAGGUGCAGUAAGGGUAGGACUAAUCGAUGGAGAAACUGUUAUCAAUCCAACCCGAAAACAAAUGUCUUCUAGCAUUUUAAAUUUAGUUGUUGCUGGAGCCCCACAAAAUCAAGUUGUUAUGUUGGAAGCAACUGCUGAGAAUAUAUUGCAACAAGAUUUCUGUCAUGCCAUCAAAGUAGGGGUGAAGCAUACCCAGCACAUAAUUCAAGGAAUUCAACAGCUAGUGAAAGAACAAGGUGUUGUCAAGAGAACUGUUCAGAAGUUAUUUGUUGCUCCUGAGGAGAUUGUGGAAUGUGCAAAGAAACUUGCUUUUAACAAGAUCUACACAGUGUUCACGGAUACUAGCCAUGAUAAAAUUUCUAGAGAUGAAGCAAUUAACAAAAUAAGGCUUGAAACAGAAGAGCAGCUGAAAGAAAAAUUUCCAGAGGCUGAGCCAUAUGAAAUCAUGGAAUCUUUCAAUGUGGUCUCUAAGGAUAUUUUUAGAAAUCUUAUUCUGAAUGAAUAUAGAAGAUGUGAUGGAAGAGAUUUGACUUCCCUCAGAGAUAUUAAAUGUGAAGUGAAUAUGUUUAAAAUGCUUCAUGGAUCAGCCUUAUUUCAGAGAGGUCAAACACAGGUUCUCUGUACAGUUACAUUUGACUCCAUAGAAUCAAGUGUAAAAUCAGAUCUUAUUUCAACAGCUGUGAGUGGAGUUAAAGAUAAAAACUUCAUGCUGCAUUAUGAGUUUCCUCCUUACGCAACAAAUGAGAUUGGUAAAGUUACUGGUGUAAACAGAAGAGAACUUGGACAUGGUGCACUGGCAGAGCGAGCACUGAAACCAAUUAUUCCUCAGGAUUUCCCUUUCACAAUACGAGUUACUUCUGAAGUCUUAGAGUCAAAUGGGUCAUCUUCAAUGGCUUCUGCAUGUGGUGGGAGUUUGGCAUUAAUGGAUGCAGGAGUUCCAGUAUCAAGUGCAGUGGCAGGUGUAGCAGUGGGUCUCGUUACCAAAUACAGUCCAGAAAAAGGAGAUCUUGAGGACUAUCGUUUGCUGACAGACAUCCUGGGAAUUGAAGAUUACUAUGGUGAUAUGGAUUUCAAAAUGGCGGGUACUAAUAAAGGGAUAACUGCCUUGCAGGUUGAUCUAAAACUACCAGGAAUACCAAUAAAAGUUGUCAUGGAAGCUAUUCAGCAAGGCACUGCUGCAAAGAGGGAGAUUUUGCAAAUUAUGAACCAAACACUGGCAAAACCCAGACCUAACAGAAAAGAAAAUGGACCAGUUGUAGAAACUAUCCAUGUGCCAUUAUCAAAAAGGUUAAGGUUCAUUGGUCCUGGGGCCUAUAAUUUGAAAAAACUUCAAGCACAGACAGGUGUAACUUUAAGUCAGCUGGAUGAAGAGACGUAUUCUGUGUUUGCUCCCACACCUAGUGCUAUGCAUGAAGCAAGAGAGUUCAUCCGUGAAAUCUGCAAAGAUGACCAGGAAGUUAAUUUGGAAUUUGGUGCAGUUUAUACAGCCACAAUUACUGAAAUUAGAGAUUCUGGAGUGAUGAUAAAAUUGUAUCCAAACAUGACACCGGUGUUACUUCAUAAUUCACAGCUUGAUCAAAGAAAGAUUAAACAUCCUAGUGCCCUGGGAUUAGAAGUUGGACAAGAAAUUCAGGUUAAAUACUUCGGACGUGAUCCAACUGAUGGUAGAAUGAGGCUUUCACGUAAAAUUCUGCAGUCACCAGCCACAACUGUGCUUAAAACCCUCACAGACAAAAACAGCAUUGUGAUGGGAGGUAGUGUUCCACAGUCGUCUACUUCAUCUCAAUGACUGGAAAAAAGGCCUGGUAGUUCAUGGAAACAUGAGCCACCUUUGCUUGAAUCUGCAGAUGUCUUCACAAGAAUCUGUAUGUGGAUGGUAGUGAAUCAUAUUUUUAAAAUAGAUGGUAUUCACACUUAAAGGUGAUGUAGAACUUAAAAGUAUUCAAACUGGUUAAAGCAUUGUUCAGAAGAAACAGGAACAACCAAUAUUCUUACAUUGUGUAGCAUGGGUGCGAAUCUAAGAAUGUGGAAUUGCAUAGACUGAAGAGCAGACUACUUCAAGUCAUUUCAGUGCUUAAGAUUCUUCCUGCUGCCAUCUCAGGAUAAAAAUGCAAAGAUGGAAGGCAAGUACUUAGAGGUACAUCCUGGGAGAAGGAGUUCUCCUCUGUAUGUGGUUGAUGAAGUAUGACAGUGGUUGAGAGGCGUACUUGGCCAGUCCAAGUUUUACUGGCUUUUCAGUGUCUAAGACUUAAAUCUUGAGCAAAAUGUGGAAACUUUACAAAUUAUCACCUGUAUCAUGAUGGGCACUCUUUCAGAUAAAUACAUAAUAACUGCCAUAGGGUUCAGACUUGCUAAGGUAUCUGAGCAGAAGGGGGACAAAAAUGAAGAAACAUCCUGAAGCAACAUCACUUAUCUGGGUUCAUUAAUACUGAGUUUUAAGAUAAAUAAUAAAAACAUUAAAAUAGUUGUUUUACAAUAAACAAA